GCGGGACCUCCCUUUUCUCUCCCUCCCCUCCGGCCGAACCGAGCCGGGGCCCGAUGGCGGGGGUCGGGGCGUGCUUGCGGGCGGUGGGGCUGCAGUUCUGGGCCGGCUCGCUGCGGGUGCUACCCGCCCUGCUGGCCCCCGCCGUGCUGCUGGGGCUGCUGCUGGGCGCCGCCGCCGCCGCCCUGCUGUGCCGCUGCGCCAUGGGGCCGCGCCGGCGGAGAGAGAAAGAUGAUUCCCAGAGACUUCUGGAAAGCUUCAACUACGAUGAAAAAGAGCACACGCUCACGAAAAGUAAAGCAGAGCCCUAUACGUUAGAAGAGGAGAUGGUGCUGGAGGAAAAUGAGUCUCCUCUGAACAGUAACAUCACGGCAUUUGCAUUAAAGGCAAAAGUCAUCUAUCCUAUCAAUCAGAAAUUUAGGCCUUUGGCAGAUGGCUCAUCCAAUCCAUCUUUGCAUGAGAAUCCAAAGCAGGCAGUUCUGCCUAAUCAGGUAAUGGAGACAUCUACGUCAGGCAGCCUGGGAUCCCUUAGCCAGGGAGACAAGGAGGACUGUAGUUCCUCCACAACGAUACAUUCCACAACAAGUGAUGACAGAUUUCAGGCUCGAGCCUUCCUCAAGGUGACUUGCUUCCCUGAAGUGUUAACAUGUGAGAGUUUUGAUAUUAAGCUCUGCCUUUGCAGUCUUCUUUUAAAAGAUCUCAUGCUUCUUGAUACUGAGCUCAGAAAAGAAAAACAUGUGAUGUUUAUUCAGAUUCUCAAAAUAUACCUCACAGACUUCUAUCAUAAAAAGAAGAUUACUGAUGAUUUGUUCAAGAAGAUCCUUUUAAUUCAGGAAAAUGAUUUUGAAGAAUUACAGAAGCAACUUGAUUGUAGACUCCAGAAUACUGAGAUGUCAGGAGCCCAUAAAUCAGAGUACCAGACUCUAGAAGAUUUAGAAAGGAAAGAAAGGGAAUAUUCUGAGCACAUAAUAGACAAUAUGGAAGCUUUCUGGAAGCAGACUGACAAAGCCCAGCAGGUUUUUUUGGACCAAUCAAAAUGCUCAAGUGCCAAAGCAACAAAGAUAACGAUGGAUCUGACCGAGAGGAUGAUUGCAGUAGAAGGCUUAUUAAAUGAAUCCCAGGAUUUGCAGGCAAUGGACAUUCAGGAAAGGUUAUUUAAUUGGGAGCUUAUGGUGAAAAUGAUUGAUUCACUGAAGUCCUAUAUACCAGAAGAGUGUAAGUGUAGAUUAAAUAUUGUAUCAAAUAUUCUGGACCAUUUAACUGUAAAGAAUAAUCUCUCAGUCCGGCAAAAGGAAGAACUUUUAACAGACUUGCACAAGGCAUUCUGGGAACAACUAGCACAUUUCACUAAUGAAUGUAUCCAGCAAAGUAAAGACCUGAUGCUGAAACGACUGGAAUGCCGUGCAAAGAAGAGAGAAGAACUCAAACACAAACAGAAGGCUGAACAAGAGAGUCUCCUUACUAAAACAUUUCAUACUGGAAAUUUUGGUGAUUUUCUUAAGGCUUACCAUGAUCUGUUAGAGAAGCAUCGGCAGGCUCAGUGGGAACUGGAAGAGGAAGAUGACUAUGAGAGCACAGAGGCUGUUGCAGUUCUCUACAAGGAGCUGUAUUCUAAAGCUUCCAGUGUUUUAGCAGAGUUGGUGAAUGAGCUGUUUCUUCAGACCCUGCCUGUUAUGACCGGCCUCUCUGUAAGAGAAUGUGAACUGUCGAAAGAGGAAUGGCAGGAGAAUUUGGUCCCUCAGCUGGAGAAGUGGGACACCCACCACCAGAAACGCUGGAAGCUUUUCCAGGAACAGUUACUACAAGAAAAAAAGCUAUGGAUAAAUGAAUAUGCUCUCUGUGCUGUGAUGCAAAAGCACCUAUCUGAGAAACAGGAGAAGAUAAUUCAAGGUGUCGUGAGCAGACUAGGCUGCCUCAGUGAUGAGUCUGUUAACUACAUAUUGCAAAAACACCGCCUCCUGCUGUGUACAGUACUGAGAAGGUUAACUCUUCGAAGCAUUGGAAUGGUAGCUCUGACCCGCAUGAGGAUGUCCAGGAAGAAGAGCUUGCUUCAGGAGCUCAGAGAGCAGCACAUCCUGCAGAAGGGCUCUUCCCACUGCCAAGAUGAAGACCAAUGGCAGCUGCAGAAGGCGGUGGAAUCCCACAUUUUGGAAGAGGAAGAGAAGCUUAAGGAAGAAACACAGCAAACCCAUUUAGAAUUUCACCAGCAGUUAAUCACAGAAAUACAAGAAGCUCUUCAGUUUCUUCAGCAACACAUGGAGCAAGUGAUUGGGCAAACACUGCUACAGCAUGCCCGACAGGAAGCUGGAAAAAAGAAAUCGGAUGAUGAACAAGACUUCAAGGAGAGGCUGGUGGAAGCUGCUGUAGAAAGCGUAUAUGGGACCAGCAAUAAUAUCAGUAGACUGGUGCAAAACUACUACCAGCAGGUAGGAAAAAUCACAGAAGGCUAUGAAGGGAAAAAAAAUCAGCAAUUGAAAUCCUUACAAGCAGAAAGAAGUGAAAGGAACAGACUUCGAAAGAAAGAAGAGAAUGAACAGACAUGGAAAGAAGAACAGACCAAAGGCAUCCUGAACAUAUCAUCCACAGUCCACCAAAGGAUGAUGCUGCAGCAAAAGAAGGUUCUGAGCCAGUUUGAACUUCACCAGAAGAUUCGUCUGGAGUCUCUGAAACAGAAGCUGCUGGGAUUGCAUCACCUAGAAACAGAGCUGGAGAAUCAGCUGAGGAAUGCAGAGCAGGACUUUGUUACUGAGUUGGCUGCACUAACCCGAAUUCCAGUCACUGUGAAGAAGCACCCUUCCAAAAGGAGCAAGCCAGCAGGGGAAAAAACAAAAAGAAGGAGCAUUCACUCUCCAGAAUCAGAAGACAAAGAUAAUUAUUGUGAAAAUAUUCAAGAGCCUUCUGGACUGAAGUCCAGUUUAUGCAGAGAGAAGUUACAGAGGCCACAUAAAGAGGAGGCUGAACCAAGGAAAAACUCAAAGAUGCUAAAAGAAAAAGAGAACAGGUAGUAAAAGUAUUUCUAUGAGCUGUCUGAACACAGAGUACCAAAGCAUUCUUCUGGGAGAUCUCAGCAGCUAUAAAUACUUACUGAGCUGGUUUACUGAGGAACAAUGAAGAACAUCAAUAAUAACCGAGAAAUCUCCUUUAGCUACAGACCGAGACUCAACCCCAUGUUUGUCUGCUUCGCUGUUAAUGAAACAUUCUCACUUGAUUUUGGCAAGGGGGAACAAAGAAGGCUUUAAGGUCUUCCAGAUUGUGUGGGGAGCAUGAGAGGAAGAUAGUUUCAGACUAGGUAUAUACCUGAGGAAAGUACACUCUAGACUGAAUGAGGUUAGUACAUCUCAGGAAGGUUUCAUUGUAAUACUGAUGUACCAUUUGCUUUUGAGCCUUAAAUGUUGUGGAUCUGGUCUUAGUAUUUUGUGACUGCUGCUUUGGACUAAAAAAAUAGAAAGAAAU